AUGAAGGGGGUGAGAACGACAGCGUGGAGUGUGCAGGGUUCUGAUGAAUGCCGCUCAAAAGGUCAAACCACACUAAAUCUAAAUAAGCACGACAAAUCUGGGGAGCUCUCUGAGCUCUCAUUGAAAUCUCAGAUAAACUCUUCAAACCACUCUGCUAAAGCUGAAGAUCUUGGUCGCAGUGAAGGGGCCUUCCUCGAUCAUAGUCAACUGUCGUUGCGCUGUAUCGGUCUGCUCUCGCGGAUAUCAAACUGCUGCUCUGCCAGGGAUAUUCAUGGAGGCAUUGUUAGACCAUUGCCACUGCCACGCCGAGCGUUAACACAUCAGGACUGCCUUCCACAUUUGGUCGAGCUUCUCCUCACUUUCGACCCAGCUCUAGUAGAGCAGAUCGUCUCUCUUCUUCACACGGUUGUUGAUCAAAAUCCCUUCCUGCCUCGCAUUUAUCAAACAGGCGUUUUUUAUUUUGUUCUUAUGUAUACUGGUAGUAAUGUGCUACCUAUAGCUAAUUUUCUUAAGAAAACUCACCUAGUUCAGGCGUUUCUAUUGGAUGAGGUAAGUAGUAUGUCAUUUCUAUACAUGAUUUUCUUUAACUCAUCUGUUUGGCUUAACUAG